AGUCAGACACACACACACGCCUGGAAGAUGGGGAGAGAUCGGAGCGUGGUCAGCUGGGUUUUGCUGACAGCCCCUCCUGUCCUGUUGUGCUGCCUGGUAGCUCUGAGCUCAGCGAAUGAAGGACACUCGGACAGUGAUACUGAGCACGGCGAGUCUCACGGGGGUAACGAGACGAGCUUUCACGUAGUCACCUUUCGCUGGGAACAUGUCCAAGCCCCCUAUGUCAUCGCACUGUGGAUUCUAGUGGCCAGCCUGGCUCAGACAGUUUUUCACCUGUCUGAGAAGGUCACCUUGGUGGUGCCAGAAAGCAUUCUGCUGAUUGUACUGGGCCUCAUCCUGGGAGGAAUUGUCUGGGCUGCUGAUCACACUGCCUCCUUCACUUUAACACCGAACGUCUUCUUCUUCUACCUGCUGCCACCAAUCAUUCUCGAUGCCGGAUAUUUCAUGCCCAGCCAGCAAUUCUUCAGGAACCUCGGAUCGAUUCUAAUGUAUGCCAUCAUUGGGACAGUUUGGAAUACCGUAUCAACUGGUCUCUCCCUGUACGGUGUCUUCCGGACUGGUAUUAUGGGAAAUCUUGAUGCUGGCCUCCUGGAUUUCCUCCUGUUUGGAAGUGUGAUAGCUGCAGUUGACACAGUUGCUAUGUUGACUGUGUUUGAAGAGGUCCAUGUGAAUGAAGCAUUGUUUAUCGUUGUGUUUGGAGAAUCUCUGCUUAAUGAUGGAGUCACUGUGGUGCUGUAUAAUGUCUUUAACUCAUUUGUUGCAGUUGGAGCAGGGAAUAUUCAAAGCCUGGACUACUUCAAAGGCAUAGUUUCUUUCUUUGUUGUAAGUUUGGGUGGAAUUGCCAUUGGCAUUGUCUUUGGAUUCCUAUUGGCCCUGGUAACCAGAUUCACGAAGCACGUGAGGGUGAUCGAACCUGGAUUUGUCUUUGUCAUUUCAUACCUGUCGUACCUCACUUCGGAUAUGCUUUCCCUCUCUGCUAUAUUAGCUAUUGCAUUCUGUGGCAUUUGCUGUCAGAAAUAUGUGCAAGCCAACCUCUGCGAGCAGUCGAUUAUCACCGUCAAGUAUGCAAUGAAAAUGCUAGCAAGUGGAGCAGAAACCAUUGUCUUCAUGUUUUUGGGAGUAUCUGCAGUGGAUACGACAAUAUGGACUUGGAAUACACCAUUUAUCCUUUUCACCCUGGUUUUCAUCUCUAUCUACAGAGUCAUAGGUGUUGUAAUUCAGACUUGGAUUCUCAAUCACUACCGUGUGGUGCAUUUGGGGAUUGUAGAUCAGGUGGUGAUGUCAUACGGAGGCCUGCGUGGAUCAAUGGCCUUUGCUCUGGUGGUGUUGUUGGAUCUGAAGUACGUACAUGAGAAGCGACUGUUUGUCAGUGCAACCAUCAUUGUGGUAUAUUUCACAAUCAUCUUUCAGGGUCUGACAAUCAAACCAUUGGUUAAAUGGUUGAAAGUAAAGAGGAGGCAGCAGAAGGAGCCUUUACUCAAUGAGAAACUUCAUGAAAGGGCAUUUGAUCACAUUAUGUCUGCAAUUGAAGAUAUUUCGGGCCAAAUUGGACACAACUAUCUUCGGGAAAAGUGGAGUCAGUUUGAUGGAAAGUAUCUGAGCAAAGUAAUGAUGAGGAAAUCAGUGCUGAUUAGCCAGGAUAAUAUCCUUAGCAUUUUCCGAGAGCUGAAUCUGAAGGAUGCCAUCAGUUACCUGUCUGAGGGAGAACGACAAGGAUCUUUGGCUUUUAUGCGUUCCAGCAACAGUGUUAACAUCGAUUUCACUGGCCCUCAUUACUCUACCCUCGACUCGUCCGUCUCUGCAGCGCUGAGAGAGAGUGCCACUGAAGUGUGCCUGGACAUGAAGGCACUUGAGAAUAGAGUGAAAAGCCUGAAGGAUCAAGAGGAAAUUGUCACCCAUCACACAUUGCAACAACAUCUGUACAAACCCAGGAAACGGUACAAGCUGAAUUACAGCCGCCAUAAACUGGUAUAUAACGAGGGUGUGAAACAAGACAAAGAGAUUUUCCAGCGAACCAUGAAAAAGAGACUGGAAAGUUUGAAAACCAACAAGCUCGGAGCCAACCACAACACCACAUUUAAGGACACCAAGAAAGAAAAAGGAGCUAAAAUGAAACACAGCGAUGCAGUGCCGAAUAGAAAGCUCCCGGCCCAGUCUCUCGCUUUCCACGCUGAUGCUCAAGAAGUGCAACCUGACCAGCUAAUGCAGGAAAACCAAGGAGAGAAUAAUGAGAAAUCAGACUCUGAUAUAGAAGACCACUAUGAUGCAUCAGAUGGAGGAAUUACUUUCCUAAUUACCCCUGCAAACAAUGAACUGGAUGAAACAAAAACAGGUAACUCUAAAUCAAUCCCAAGUCCUCCUCCAUUGCCUAGCCCUUCUGCGUUGGAUGAGAAGCCAAUUUCCAGGAAAGACGACCAUGUAAGCCAAGAAGAUCUUAGCUCUGAGAAACCCUCUAGGAUCUUCCCAUCUUAUCUGCAGAAAACCUGGAUGCAGAGCUACACUUCACUAGAAAAUGUAGAACCCCAAGUGUCCACCAUUUCAGAGCAUGUAGCGGCACAAGAAGAGAAUUCCACUGAAGUAGUUUUGAAAGCAACAGUUGACAAAACUGAUGAAGCAAAGCUUAAUGAGGAAGAACAGCUCAACAGGGAAGUCCCCGAUGUGAAAAUACAAUGUGUUGAAACAUUGAAUGAAGAGCCGGAGGACAACAGUCCAAAAGACCCUGCACUACAAGAGCAGAAGCCACUGAUCAUUAAGGACAGUAAGAUGCACUCUGCUGCAGCCAAGCGGGUGCAGAAUCGGCGAUCUUUUCACCGACCCAAGCCUUUGCGUUAUCCAGUUCUCCAGAAACUUGGGUCUCUUCCAGUCUCUUGUCACAUUCCUCCUCAUUCUUUGGAACAAGAAGAAACCCAGUUUUGAGCAUAACAGUCCUCUGCUUCACCAGCAAUUGCAUAGAGCCUUUAAUUAGUGAGCUGUGCAUCUUCUGGCUGUGGCAUACACCUCCAGAAUUUGCAUUUCAUGUACAGGCACCAAAACAAACAUCACAAGUUAUGCCAACCCUGGAUUGUAGAGGAGAAAAUUGAUACAGCUCCACUAAAGCACAUGGUAUAGAGUGAAUAUCUACUGUAUUCUGUAAAAAACUUGGAAAAUGGAAGAGCAAAUUUUACUACAACCACAGAAAAGUUGCCAUGUUAAAUUUCAAUGGGAAAUCAUAAUUUUAUUUACUCUGUUUUUCUUUCUCAUCCAAUUUAUUUUUAGAUGUUGUGUGCUGUAGGCUUAUUGCAACUUUUCAGGUUUCAUGCUUUGCUUUAGAAUAUUUUUUAAUAUAAAAGAAAGAAACAAAAGUCAUCUGUCAUCGGUUUCUGUAAAACAAAUAAGAUGCAAAAGUAGACGGAACAGUGGGCUUCCAGGAAAUUGGAGAUCAAAGAUUAAAUAAUGCUGAUGAAAGUGCAGGCAACAUUAUUUUGAAAAUCUGACAUCCUGCAUUGAGCUUUGGGAUGGCGCAGUGACUCAAUGGUUAGCACUGCUACCUCUGCGCUAGAGACCAUGGUUUCAUUCCAUCUUGGGGUGACUGUGUGUAUGGAGUUUGCAUAUUCCCCCCACAUCUGCAUGGGUUUCCUCUAGGUGCUGUGGUUUCCUCCCACAGACCAAUGAUGUGUAGGCUGGGUGGAUUGGCCAUGCCAAAUUGCCCCUUGGUUUCUAGGGAUGCGCAAGUGGAUGAGUUGUGGCAAAUGCAGUGUUACAGGGAUGGGAUGGCUCUGGGUGGGAUGCUGUUUGGAGGAUCAGUGUUGAUUCGAUGGGCCAAAUGGCCUGCUUCAAUUCUGUAGGAAUUCUGUGAGGUGAAUAUUAACAUUUCUGGUGCCAAAGUACACAAGAAAAAGAUAUGUGUUAUAUGUGUUAUAAGGCUUUAGCAGGCAUGUGAAAUUUUAUUCAAUGAUAUUAAGACCUACAUCUUAAGUCGCAGCAGAAGUCAAAAUGGUGCAACUUUAGUUAAGGCACUGUUAAUGUUAUUAGGAUUUGAUGUGGUUUGUCUAGGUAAGACUGUCUCUUAAACUGGUUCUUUUUAACGCAGGAGGGCUUGUUCUGCAGAUCUGCAAUUUUGUUUGUUGGUCAUAUCAUGUCAUCAAUUGUCUCUUUAUAUAUACAAAUAAACACCCAAUCAAUGCCAAGCAGCUACAUAUAUUUAACUUCAGUUGAUGCAGCUAACAGCUAGGGGGAGCCAGAGGCUUAGUGGUAUUGUCAUGACACUAGUUACAGAGAAUACAGGGUAAUGCUCUGAAGACAUGGGUUUGAAUCUCACCAUGGCAGAUAGUGAAAUUUUGAUCCAAUAUAAUCUGGAAUAAAGGGCUGGCCCAGUGGCAGCCAUGUAGUCAGUGUUAGUUUUUUCAAAGUCAUCUGGUUCAAUAAUGCCCCUUUAGGGAAGGAAAUCUGCCAUCCUUACUUGUGUGGCUCCAGACCCACGACAAUGUAGCUGUUUCUUAUCUGCCUUCCUGCAAUUAACUGGCCUAGCUAGCAAUGUCUAUAAUUAAAAAGAAGAACUAAUGUUGCAAAGUUUCAACAUUAGUCGGUUUCGAUACUGGAAUUUGUAACAGUGAUCAGCUAUUCUAAACGAAUGUUCAGUGAACAAAACAUCUAACCAACAAAGGUCAGCUGCAAUUGUUUCUUUGAAAGAUUGUGUUAGAUUUUUCCUUAAUUACAUUCAGUCUACACUCCAAGAGAUACAACUGUGACCCCCUCACAUUUCACUUACGGUGAAACAACAGUAUUUUAUUGAAGUGAGGCCCCAAUCAGCACAGCAACGUAUGGGAGAUUGAGCACACUUGGAACUCGGCAGUGAAAGCUACCAAUGUUUUUAUGUCAAUAAUGUCAUGUACAUUUCGGCAGAAUACACACCAGCUUUGAUUUCAGUGCCAAUUGAAGAGGCAAAAAUCAGUAAAUGUUCUGAAGAUUCAAAUUUCCAGUUUGUUUUCAACCAAUUCCUCCACUCUUCCAGUCAAAGAUGUCCAUUUGGGUGAUAUAAGCUGCAUGGUUUCAGAUUUCCAUUUUAUCAAAAGACAAUGAUUUUUGAUCCUCUGUUUCUCUUAAACAUAGACUUAAAUACUAGGCCUAUGGAGUGAAAACGUAAGCAUCACAGCAUAGCAGAUUACCAACCUAAGAUUUUCUGUUUUCUUGGCUUGUGACAAUAGGAUUCCAGUCAUGAAAUUGCCCACCUCAUUAUCUUGUGUCUUAUGAAAUGUCACCUACAAUGAUAGGGUUGGUUCUUGGUUUCAAACAGAGCCACUCAAAAAGCCAGCUAUAAGAAACAUCCAGAGGUUCCCUGAGGUAGCAGCUGUCUCCUAUACUCCCACUUGCUCUCUUCCCACCUUCCCGCUCAGUUGAAGUCAGAUAUCUGUUAUGCAGGAAAUAACUCCAUUCCAACAGUGUAAAUUAUUCAUAUUGAGUUCAGCUGCAUGUCAUUGUUUUCAAGAUUUUCUUUUAGUAAAUUUUCUAUGUGGCAGAAAUCAUUUCACUUCUAUCGAUGUCAAAACACAGUAUAUUGUGCAGAUUGUUUUUAAACUUUGAAUGAUGGACAUUACCUGUGAAGGAGCUUGUGAAAGUGACAUUACCGAGUUCAGCCUGAUUCACUUGAAUGCUGGUUGUUCUUUUGCAGGUUGCUCUCUUUUGCUAAUGUGCACAAAUUUCAUCCUUCUCUCCCUUUGUGGAAAAAAUGAAAUAUCAAAAUGUUGUCGGUUAAUGCUGUAAAUGACAAGAUUUGACAGGAUGAGUUUUAGAUUCUAUUUAUUCAGGUGCAAUGAUAACUAUUGUCUUUAAUGAUUGUUCUGCAGGGUUACUUUGUUUUGGCUCUUACCCCUAUCUUUGUGAUAUCCAAACAAGUGUUAUAUAUGAUCCAAAUCUAACAUUAGCAAAAUACAAUAUAAUAGUGUGAACUGUACAUUGAUGUAUCUUCCAGUUCUGCUUCCAAUUGUUUUAUACUUGUUGACUAACUGCAUCGUGUCUAAAGUUUUACUAGCUGAUGUUGAGAGUAAAAAUAUAUUUUAAAAUUUUUGAAAGGAACUAGUGGAUCUUUUAAUCUAAUAAAACUGCAAGUGUUUUCUCAGGAAUGUAAAAUAACCUUGUGUGUGUCAAGCUACUUAAUACUGUAACUUUUUAUCUAAUCUGUUUCAUAGAUAGCUCACUGAUGUAGAGGUUCUUUAUCCCUUUUGUACAUGUUAUUAAA